GAACACUAUCUGAUUUUAUGAUGACAGUCAUUGGCUCUAAAUACUUGAAAGUUAUGAUAAAUUAUUGAACAUGUUAUUACAUUGACAGCAUGUCUUUCGGUGGCUUCAGGCAACCUGUUAAGAUAGGCCUAACUGAGAUUUCUGCACCAGUUUUUGGUUGGGGGACACCUUUCUCAUUAUUGCUGUUAGUAAUAACAACGUGAUGUGGAGGUAUGGCUACGUGAGACUACGUCUGGUGUAAUCAAAAUGAAUUGAAAAUGACCCAUGUGUAUCCAGUCGCAGGGAGACCCUGAUGGAGUCUAUCAGUUCCUAUAAGCCUGGUUCUGAGGCUUUGUCUGAGGCUCGGGUUCUGCUGCUGGGGCCUGUCGGAGUCGGCAAGUCCAGCAUCAUCAGCUCUGUUCAGUCAGUCUUCACAGGAAGAUUCACUAAAUGUUUUGGGCAUAUUGUUCGAUCCCGCUCAGUAGGUGGCGGCAUGCACAUGCACGGGCCAUGGUUGGCUCUUCCUCUGCCAGCUUCACCAAAAAGCUCCAGUUGUUCAACAUCCGUGGGCGGAGUCCAGAGCAGCCUACUGCGCUGGUCCUGUGUGAUGUCAUGGGUCUGGGAGAUGGGGAGACCACUGGACUAACCCUCCAUGACACUCUGGCUAUCAUCAAAGGCCAUGCACCCGAGGGACACAAGUUCAGUCCUGAGCAGCCUGUGAGAUCAGAGACUGUGGGCUAUGUGAAGAAGCCGUCCCUUAAAGACAAGGUCCACUGUGUCGUCUUUGUGGUGGAUGCUUCUAAAGUGUCCAGCUACACCAAAGGCCUGGGCACCACCUUCCAACAGCUCCGAGAACACAUCAGUGACCUGGGUGUGCAUCAAGUCGCACUUGAUGUGGUGUGUCAGGAAACCGCCCGUGACAUCAACCAGGUGUACAACAGUCGGAUCGUUCAGCAGACGCUAUAG